UUGGCCGUUGUCCUGUUAGAAGCUAGCGGUGCUUCGUAAUUGUGCUGCCGAAAGGGGGUGGCGGGGCGGACUCAGUCGCCGACUAGGUCUGCGCGGCGUCUACCGAGGAGCCGGCAGGAGUCAGGGCUUGCGUGGAGCCGCCAUAGUUGAGCUUACGGAAAGUCGCAAAGGACAAACUCCCGCGCUCUUUUCUGAUUCUGUUCUUUCCUCGAAUGAGGAAGGAUCUAGGAGAGGCGCCCAAAGUCGUUUAGAGUAAACGGCCAGGCUUAGGAUGAGAGAAGGAAAAAGGCUAUCCUUUGGAGGCGGACGGGGCUACGCGAAGCCAGAGGAGAUCGGCGAUGCGGUGCGCGCCGAUGGCUCCGUGACCCUUGUCCUGCCCCAGGCUUGGGGCUCGUCCUCCAGCCACCGAGAGUCCCGACUCCGGGAUGGCAGUGCGAAGACCGCCCUGGAGGAAGUGGCUCGUGGCCCCAUUCUCGUGGAUACCGGAGGUCCCUGGGCGCGAGAGGCGCUGCUGGAGGCCCUGACGGAACAGAAUAUAACCCCAGAAGACGUGACUCUGGUGGUGGGGACCCACGGGCACUCGGAUCAUAUCGGGAACCUGGGGCUGUUCCCAGGAGCAGCUCUGCUGGUCUCGCAUGACUUCUGCCUCCCCGGGGGCCGCUACCUGCCCCAUGGGCUGAGUGAGGAGCAGCCCCUGUCACUGGGUCUCGGGCUCGAAGUGUGGGCCACGCCGGGUCACGGAGGUCAGCGGGACGUGAGCGUGGUGGUGGCGGGCACUGCCCUGGGCACCGUGGUGGUGGCGGGCGAUGUGUUUGAGCGAGAUGGGGAUGAGGACUCCUGGCAGGCUCUGAGCGAAGACCCAGUGGCCCAGGAACGGAGCCGGAAGAGGGUUCUAGGCACUGCUGAUGUGGUUGUGCCUGGUCAUGGAGCCCCCUUUCGAGUGAUCAGGGAAACCUCAUAGCUAGAGAGAAAGAAUAGGGGAACAACCAGCAGCAGUCUGCAGCGGGAAACAACCCACUCCGCCUGCAUGAGCCAAGAAGGGUGUAGGAGGAGGGGACAGGGUCAGCCAGAGUAAGAGCAAGGGCGGUGGUUUCAUGCCCUCCCAGGAUGCUGGUUUUCCCGUAAGGACAGUUCUCUUGCCAUUGCCAUCACCAAUGUCACUCUCGGGGACUCUGCAACCCAAGCAGGACCAAGGACUGACUCUACACACGCAUCCUCCCAGACCUCAGUAAAAUGGGAGAAUGUUCUUGUGAGGAUCCUCCAAAAUAAAGCCACACUGAAAAUCAUAUUGCCCUAGUGUGGUUAUGAAGCAUGUAUAGUGAUAAUCAUGUAAAUGUAGUCAGCAAUUGCAGUAGGGGACACAGACAAAUUGUCUAUUUCUUGGUGUGCAGGUUAUGAGAGAAAGUUCAGGGAACAGAAGUGAUCCCUUAGUCACCUGACUGAAUCAUUCAUUCAGUAGAUAAGAAUAAAAUAUCCAAUACCUGCA